UGUGUUCUCCGCUCAGGGGGGCAGAAGUAAGAGGGGCUGUUGCCUGGGCAUCACUGCUCAAGGCUGACUUUUUCAAAUAGAAAGAGAUAGAGGUAGAGAUAAAAAGGGAAAGAAACCACAGCACCAAAGCUCCCUUCAGUACAGUGUGGCUUGGUUGGAACCUGGAUCGAGCACCUGGCAGAGGCAGACACACUGUUCAGGAUGGCCCGCCCUUUGGAACCACUCGCCAAGAAGAUCUUUAAAGGAGUUUUGGUAGCCGAAGUUGCCGGCCUUUUGGGAAGCUAUUAUUUGUUUAAUAAGAUGAAUUCAAGCCAAGAUUUCAGGCAAACGAUGAGCAAGAAAUAUCCCUUCAUCUUAGAAGUUUAUUACAAAUCCAUUGAACAGUCUGGAAUGUAUGGUCUCAGACAACAAGAUCAAGAAAAAUGGUUGAACAGCAAAAAUGAGUAAGUAGAUGUCCAUUUUGAAAACACUCAUUUUCUUUGCUUCUUGUUUUUCUGAGUGGGGUGCAACCUCUUGUUGUUGGAGUUCUUCUUUCUCUUAAGGAUGCUUUUCACGUCUCUGUUGUGGAGCCAGUCAUCCCGCUCAG